AUGGAUCCUGGGUGGAUCUCGCACAGCGAAAAGAAAGGUCUUACGGUUGAAUAUACGUGCGUGUUCGGGAUUUCUUCGCCGAUACCCGGCCUUGAAACUGGAGAGCAUAUAAACCGGUAUGGGGAUAAGUUCUCGGUGAUUACAUUCCAUGGCAAAGAUGGGCGCGUGUUCUGGUUCAUUAUCCAGAAGCUUGAUCACACCUAUGUCUAUCCCGAUGUUCCUCGUUAUUCGACCGAGGAUGCAGCCCACCUUUGCGGCAAGUUGGCAUGUGUUUCCAUCCUGCGGGAUAUCUCUGUUGGGGAUCUUUGGGAAAAUCGAUUGGUUGCGUCAAUGACUGCGCUUGAGGAGGGACUAUUUGAAACCUGGCAUUUCAAUCGCGUAGUACUCCUUGGAGACAGCGUGCACAAGAUGACGCCAAACAUUGGACAGGGAGCAAACACAGCUAUUGAGGAUGCUGCUGUUCUAGCCUCACUGAUUCAUCGACUGGUCCAUGUGGAUGCGAUCUAG